AUGGACCUAUCAAAUGAUCCCGUGCUGAGGCUUCGAGCCCAGAUUGCCUCCCUCGAAGGCACACUAGCAGACUUGAAAACACAACUCCAAGACGCUGAAGCCUACUACAACCAGAUCACAUCUGCCAAAGCUGACGCCAAUGGCCACUCGCAGACUCAGCCUAUCUCGUCUUCCCCAGUCCCCUCAGUCAACUACAACGAGAAGACUUUUGAGAGUCUUGUCGAACAGUUAAAGUUGCCUCAAGAAGACAAAUGGGGUCGGAGCUGGAAGUUAACGUCGGAAGAGCACAAGAGGUAUGGAAGGCAGCUGAUAAUACCCGAGAUUGGUCUGACAGGUGGGCCCAGCUCUUUCAAAAACAACGUACGCCUUUCUCUUACACGAAUCGACAACAGGACAAUUACGACUUAA